AAUAAUGAUUCGUUUUGUGGCUUCUUGUUGACAUUUCUUCACAAAUAUUUUAUAAAAGUACGAAUCAAUGUAAGAAAUGUAUAAUUUCAAGAGAUUUUCACAUAAAGAGAAUAAAUAAGAAUUUAAAAAAUAUUGUGAUGAUUGGCACACAGAAGUCAACUUCUCUACUAUUCUUUGUUCUGUCUAUUCUACCAGAUUUCGUCUGUUUUUAUUUUCCAUUGACGAUUGAGGUUAGGAAUUUAGGAUUAUUUACACGUGACUGUUUAUCUAGUAAAAUUACAAAAAUGGUAAAAAUUAAGAAAUUGAAGAGAGCACACUCUCCUGUUCAAGAAGAUGAAGAAUUUGAUAGUGGAGACUCUGAUGCUGAGCUGCAAGACCUAUUUUCCAAAGGAUUACUGAAGCCCGGACUGAAUGUUCCUGCUGAUGCACUUCCUCAGAAGAAACAGUACGCUAAUAACAUUCCUGCACUCGAACUGAAACUACAAGAAAUUCAAAAGAACAAUUACCCUUGGAUUGAGCGAUUGGAUUUAGUUACUGGAUAUGCCCCUCUAGCUCCAGAAAUGGCUCUUCAGAUAGAGGAGGAAACAGGAAAGAAUGAGUUGAAUUCAGACGGCAGCAGCCAGCUGGAUGAGUUCAAGAGGGAGUCGUUGUUUCACAGACAAGCGCAGGCGGCUGUUAUUGAAGGCAUCGGUCGAUUGAAGUCUCUGGGAGUGCCAACCAGGAGGCCCGACGACUUUUUCGCUGAAAUGGCUAAAACCGAUGAGCAUAUGCAAAAAAUUCGCUCUAUGUUGGUUAAAACACAAGCAGCCAAGGAAAGGAUAGAAAAAGUUAGAAAAAUACGUGAGCAGAGAAAGAUGAGCAAGAAAAUUCAAGCCGAAAACAGAUUGAAGAAACAGAAUGAGAAGAAAUCGAUGUUGGAUGAGGUGAAGAAAUUCAGGAAAGGCAUUCGCAAAGAUUUAGAUUUCUUAGACAAUAAAAAUAAACCUUCCAACAGGUCGCAAUUGAAAAGGAAGCAUAAAGACAGUAAGUUCGGGUUUGGCGGUAAGAAAAGAGGAUUGAAGCGCAACACUAGAGAAAGUGCAGCCGGCGACUUUGAUGGCGGCAACGCCAAAGGCAAGGGCAGCCAUCGCGGGCCACCUAACAAAGGCAAAGUGCAGAACAAACGGCCUGGCAAACAACGGCGGCAACAAAUCAAGUCCAAAAGAAAGCAUUAAUAGAUGCCAUAAUCAUGUGUAAAUAUUAAGUGAGUAUGUUUCAAUAACCUAUCUGAAUAUCCUGAUUAAAAUACGGUUUUUUUUU